AAGUUGCAUUUUUCUGGCAGGUACAUAGAAAUCAAGGUAGCUUGCUCUAUUGUGAUUCCAUUCUUUGCUUACUACCGUGAAGCUGGGAUUUUGUUGGAAAGGACGCUGCUUUGUGGAAUUUGGUGAUCACGUCUAUUUUGUCGUUUGUGGAAUAGAGAAAAACAUAAUUUUAAAGGCCUCGGAAGGAUUCAAAAGGAAUCUUACGACGAUGCUAGGGUGGCCAGUUUUAUUGCUUUUAGGAGCAGUUUACAACAGUUACGUUCAAGGACAGCUGUUACCAUUUUAUGAAUCACCGCCUCCAACUUCUUUCUCCUGUGAAGGGAGACCUUAUGGUUAUUAUGCAGAUCCAGAAGCAAAUUGCCAAGUCUUUCACAUCUGUACUGGUGCAUUUGGCAACAACAAAUUCACCUUCUUGUGUCCCAACCAGACCGUAUUCAACCAAGCAUAUCUGGUCUGUGAUUACCCGUGGAAUGUUGACUGCUCUACAGCCGAUGGACUAUAUUCUGUUAAUGACAAUUUCUUUGCACUUGAAGAAAAUGAUUUUUAAGAACAUGUUACCAUAUUUCUGUGCUGUGGAACUCUCAAAUUCAGAGUUAGAACAAGCUAAAACUUAGCCCACUAAGUCAUUGAGCCAUAUAACUUUUAUUUCUAAAACUAAACUGAAAUCUGAUGUAUUUAAACGAAAAUUUCCAAAAAAAAAAAAAAAUAACCAAUGCCACACUGCUGUGAGUUUGCAAAAUCUGAGGUAACACAGAACUUGCAGGAGUAUGAUUAAGUGUUCUAAGUUUGCUGACGUGUUCUUAAUUUUUAAUUAAAUAUGCUGAUGGAAUGCUGCUUAGAGAUAAUUUAAGUGACAGCAAACUUGAGAUAACGUAAGCAGGCGAUAGAUCUAUCAGAAAGAGAUGACAGUAAUAUUAUCUUUACAUCGAAAUCAAAAGACAUUUUACGUUUAUAAAUGUAAGAAUACUGGAUGGUUUAAGUGAAUAUGAAAGGUUUGAAGAAAUUACUCUUUACUCCUAGAAAUUACUCCUAAGAAAUGACUGUUCGAUAACACGUAAUAUUUGAUACAUUAUUACUUGCUAGCUUGAAGUACUUUGCAAGAUAAGUUUCUCUAACGGCUGUUGUGGCGAAACUUUUAAAGAAUCCUUUCAUAUUAAUCAAAUGCAAUAGAAAAUUUCUAUACAGUAAAUUAAAUUCGUAAACUCCUGGAAUAAUUUUACAUCCGACAAUCAAAUCCAGAAAUUAUUACUUAAAGACUUCACACAAAUCUGAUCCGGCAGCGAAGUCACCGCAUCUUAACAAUAAUUCACUUAUGUGGAAUCGCACAAUUAUAUGCAAUUACGCAAUAAAUCGCACAAAUGCCAAAAGCUGAAAGUUUUCACCUUCACAAAAAUACAAACAAAUAGCUAAAUAGCAUUAGAAAUACAGUAUGACCGAAUGUACUGAAUAAGCGCUUAAAAAGUUUCUACCUGUAAAAUAACGAUAAAUAAAAAACGCUCAGUAGUAGACAUAAUACAUAACAUCAGUUUUAAAUAGUAUAUAUGUUACGGUGAAACACCGAAAUCUGGAGAACGUCGACUUUCACCAGUGAAUGUCAACAUUCACAUAGUCUCUUAAUGUAUGUCCUAAAUAUUUUCCAAAUACUCUUAUUUCUGACUUA